AUCGGAAGCGAGUGUGUGUGUCGCGCGCCCGAGUGUGUGUGUGCGUGUGUGAAUUCCUCGCGAAAAUCGUCCGCACCCUCGCACGUUCCCGCCGCGACUCGCGGGGCCGAGUUAAGGACGGAAGGUGAGGUCGCGCGUUCGCAUUCGCGGCCUUGAAACUCGACGCGUGGCCGAGCGGAUCUUUCCGCUCGCUCGCUCAGCUUGAGAAUUGGUUCGACGCUUUUUCGAGGAAGCUGCCCCGUGUGUGUGGGUUCGGAUGUCACCGCUGUCUGUCAACGCGUCGCGCGACGUUCUCGACGCGUUCCAAGAGCGCGCGUUAAAUCGCACGUCCGAUUGUUUACCCGGAACGGCCGCUCGAUAAAUGGCCCUUUUGAUAGAUUGACGUCACGUUUACAUUCUAACGCCGGUUUCGCGGGCCGGUUCGCGAGACAGCUGCGUGGUUCGUCCGCUGGACGUCCGAUUAUUUGAUCACACGCACCUACGCUUUCGACGGGAGAACGUUUGUUUUAUCUCGUCUUCCGCCUCCCGUAUCGGGAGGGUAUUAUCGUUGAUAACCGUUUGUCGGCCGAGGACAAACGGACAUUUUGCACCGAACACAGCGCACGCAGCGGUGCCGCACGUUGAAAUUUAACGCCGUCGACAGGUCCUCGAGCUUUCGCGAUUCGAGUGCUGCGUGAACGAUCGGAAAUCAUCUCCGUCGACUCGUCCACUUUCUCCGACCCGCUCAUUUUCGUCUCGAGAUCUAUUCUCUUUGGUAGAACCGGGUUGAAUUAGUACGGUACAUAAUUUCAGUUAUAAUUCCGGUAUGAUUCGAUAUUACACAAUUUUGUGGCGAUUUUUACUACGACGUUUUCUCCGCUUCAAUGUGCACGUAAGUUUCUUCAAUUAACGCAGCCAGGUCGGUUAAAAUGAACAGACCAUCGGUCUCGAUAAACAUUGCUGAAGAACAUCGAGCUCACGUUAAAUUCUGCAUCGAGUGGCACCUGCCAGUGUUAGGUGAGAAUCUACCGCGUGCCGAUGGAACUAUUAUACCUGCAGACCAUGCGGCUACGUGGAUGUGUUCUUUUUAUGUUACCUGUUCAAACGAACAGGCGUGAAGGAGAUUCGCGAUCGGCUAAUCUGUGCAGAUGAUCAGCGAUAAAAGCGCACAGCGAAUGGCGAAGGUGUUUCUUCACCCGAGGAAACAAGACGGAAAUAAUUUACGUGGUGAUAUCGAGGAGAAGAGAAGAGAGAAACAUUAUCGGCGAAACACCUGUGCGCGCCGCGAGAGCAAACCGGAGAAGGACGAUCAGGGUAGCGCGAGACAGUCGAGCUCGUGGGUGACUCGCGAAGCACGGCGCCCGCUCGAUGACCGCCUUGCCUCGUCGUCGAGAGGACAAAGCCGAGGACGAGGCGAACAGUGAGUCGCAUAGCGACGAACGUCCCCGUCGUGGCCGAUGUCGUGCGCGAGGGCGUCGGGAGACCAGCAGCGGCAAACCAGCGACACGCCAGCGAGCAGUUGAGACGUCCUCGAGGGUGAAUCGGGGACACCCGCGGAGCCGACGGAAGCGUGAGCGACGCGAGAUCAUGCGGAGGAGCAUCCUCUGAUCCAACUGCGUCCGGAGAAAGGCGCGACCUUGACAAUAUGAUGUGGAAGGCGAAAUGGUCGCGCUUCACCGAGUGUUUCUGCCGAAGACCCGGCCUCGUUCUGGUUCUGCUGCCGUGCCUGUUGAUCGUCACUCUCUACCUCAUCUCCGAGGACGACUACGAGUACGAAGUGCAGUAUCCGUCCUACAAGUCGUACAACAUCGCAGAAGGUAUGGUAGACGGCUACCUCGUGUGGAAUCCGAAAUGCCACAUGGUGUCCAAAGAGCCUUUGGAUCCGUCCAUCGUGAAGUUCGUGAGGAAAGAGAAGUUGGAGAAAUGUCCGAACAAUCUCAUCUUCACGCAAAUUUCGAGGGAGCCUAACGGUAGCGCGUUCCUCUCCCUUGACCCCGCCAUAACGAAUUUACACAGCGACGUCGCCUGUUGCUGGUCGUCGGUAGUCAGGCCGAAAUUGGACAAGCCGAAGAAAGACGACUACGACUCGAAAAUAUCAGUGAAGCAAUGUGAGAACUUCACGGGGCAAGUGUCGUUGCCGGCCGAAGUCGAGGUGGUGUACGUGUCGUGCAGAUCGAAGACGGCGAAGAAGCCUGCGAAGGUGAAGGCGAAAGCGAAGCAGACGACGAAGACGGUGUACGAGAACGUCCACGCGGUACUGAACCCCGAGAAGGUGCGCGACCGCGUCGACCACAGCGUCAACCAGUCGGACACCCCGAGGAAGCUGAGCGUCCUCAUCCUCGGCAUCGACAGCGUCAGUCGGCUGAAUUUUUACAGAACCAUGCCGAAGACCGAGAAAUACCUGCGCGAGACCGGCUGGAUCGGGCUGAAAGGCUACAACAAGAUCGGCGAUAACACGUUCCCGAACCUGAUGGCGAUCCUGACCGGCCAGAACUCGCAGCAGGCGUACUCGAGGUGCAAGCCGACGGUCGCCUACAAGCUCGACAAUUGUCCGUUCCUCUGGCACAACUUCCGGAACGCCGGCUACGUGACGGCCUACGGUGAGGAUGAGACGGUACUCAACACGUUCAACUACCUCAAGGUCGGCUUCGUCGAGCCGCCCACGGAUUACUACCUGAGACCCUACAUGUUGGCCAGCGAGAAGCUGCUGAAGGUGAAGAAAAGAUUCAACAUGAAGUACUGCACCGGGCCGGAGACGAGCUUCGAGCGGAUCUUCGACUACGCCGUCAACUUCGCCCGCACCUUCGUCGGCGUGCCGUAUUUCGGCUUCUUCUGGACGAACACCGUCAGCCACGACAACAUGAACGGCAUCUCGUCGAUGGACUCGCGGGUGCUGCAGCGGUUCGAGCUCCUCGAGCAGGAGGCGGUGCUCAACGACUCGAUGGUGGUCUUCCUGAGCGACCACGGCAUGCGCUGGGGCGCUAUUCGCAACACCUUCGUCGGCUGGUACGAGGAGAGGCUGCCGUACAUCUACGUCUGGCUGCCCGAGUGGUUCCGCAGGGAGAACCCGGAGGCGCACCGGGCUCUCGAGAUCAAUCAGAAUCGACUGACCUCGCCGUACGACCUCUACGAGACCUUCAGGGACAUCCUCGGCUUGGCGGCCGAGCCGAGCGCCGGCUGCGCCACUUGCCAGUCCCUCUUCGCGCCUGUUCCCAGAGAGAGAGGCUGUCAGGACGCCGGGGUGGCGUACCACUGGUGCACCUGCACCGCCUUCAAGUCGGCCAACCUCCACGACAGGAUCGUCACCAACGGCAUCCAGAAGUUCCUGGACCACGUGGAGAACAUCGUGCGCAACUACAAGGACAAGAAAGGCCGCCGGCUGUGCGCGCGACUCAAGCUGAAGAAGCUCCACCGGGUCGACCGGGUGAUCGACUUCGGCACGGAGAACUCGGCCAGCGUCGCCUACCUCUACAUGCUCCAGACGACGCCGGGCAACGGCAACUUCGAGGUCACCAUCAGGUAUCACGGCAACGGCAAUUACACUCUGUCCGACAGCGAGGUCAGCAGGAUCAACGCUUACGCGAUGAGUGCCCGGUGUCUGAAUCGCGGGAUGAAACAGUACUGCCAAUGCGUCAAGCAUACGUAGUGAACUCGUCGAAGCCGGGGUCCCCGCACGACCUGACGUCGCGUCGAUCGAAACUUUGUACUUCGUUAGUCCUUCCACGAAUCGUUCGUCGCGCCGGAACGGCCGAGUUCUUCCGGGGAGAUCGGACGAAUCGGUCUUUCUUCCGAGAAGAACGGCUUGUUCUCGAGCACCGAGAACACGCGUUUAACGGAAAACACUCGGAAAGAUCUCGGCGGAGCUUCUCGGUGAGCUCUCACGACGCGCCUUUUCCGCGACGAUCGAUCCGACUGAAUUCGCCCGCCGGUCGAAGCUCACGCAUCGCCGCCUCUGCGCCAGCUCUUGAGUUGCCGAGUUCUCAAUCGCAUAUUUGUGUUGAUGUGCUUGGCAAGAGGUAUCGAAUGCACAUAUCAAGCGCACAUAUCGAUCGUCUCAAAGCCGGAAACUGAGCGGUUACACACGUGAAAAGUGGUUGCACACUUUAGCGCGACUAGAUUUCCCCCGUCGUGGCUGCGGUAGUAGCCUGGAAUUCCAGUGAUGAACGACAAGUGCUGAUUCGAUCGGUCGGUUCGGGCAGUGCCGGUGAAUAGAGACGGCUUCGUCGACACGACGUAAUAAGAUCGUCGAUUCUUGACGAAUGGGGAUUAAACGCCCAGCUACGCGCCAGAAAUGCUAUUUCGAUUAGCCGGCGAGUGACACCUCGCGUUUCGCGCGGAAGAAAAGACUCGGUUCCUGCAAUUGAAACGGGGACGAAGUGGAAACUCGGCGACUCGGGAAAUGAAAAAUUCGAUAACGAGAAAUGAUAUGUCACCGUCGCGUUCGUGAGAAUAUUUUCAGCCGCAUUAAAACUCAAUUGGGACAACUCGGGGGGCCAGUUGAUCGAGAAACCUCCUACGGAAAUCUUUCUGUUCUUACACAUACAUACGUACGCGCACGGUCGGCAAAUUAAAGGUUGCAACGCAACGCUCUUCUUCCGAUGAAUUUCACGAUACAUCUCGUAUCCAACGGGAAAAUGUAUCUCUUGGGGGUUACUGAAAAUAAAUUCUCUUAUUGGACACGGGAUGCGUUGCGAAACUCACCGAA